AUAAGUCAAGUAUCAGCUGGUGGUCUUACUAUUAGUAAUAACAUUUUAUAUGAAAAAACUAGAACAUUUGUACAGGCUUUAGAUAUUUCAGAAAAAUCAUUAUCAUUAUCUAAUAGUUGA